AAACUUAGUUUACACAAUCAAGUUUAAUGAGUUUAACAUAACGGUAAUGUACUAUUCUUUGUCGCUGAUAAUAUAACUUAAGUUUCUAAAUGUAUUUCCUUUGACGGGAUGUUAAGUAAUAAUUAGCUUUCCAGUCAAAACUACAGUCCGAAAAUUGGUACGACAACGCGCAUUAACGUGAACGUCAUUUCCGUAAACAUGUUGUGAGUGAUGUUUCCACGUGUCUACUUUCGUUUUGAAGUAUUUUUUACAAUUUGGCUGGUACAUUUUGCAGACUCGUGUCUGGGAUAUAAAUCCUGUGGUUUAAAUGAACGAUGUGUAGGCCCAUACUCUGGUUUUUAUUGUAAGUAUGAUGUAGACACGUGCGAUGCAGGCGAACUUUGCUUAACCUUUCGGGACUGGAAAUUUAACAAACGCAACCUGCUUCUUGAGGAAUUUCCGAUCGAUCCAGUUAGAGAUAAUUAUGUCCGCCUAGUGAGGAACUCAGUGUUUUCAAUCACGUCCCCGAUUCCUUUACGGUCGAGUCCAGUUCUAGCUGCCAUAUCUGACGAUGUCUUGGUGAAUAUUUUGGACCUUGACCCAGCUGUCACUCGCAAUAGAGAAUUCACAGAAUUUGUGAGUGGCGGCUUGAACUUGCAUGGGGCUGUGCCGUUGACCCAUAGAUAUGGUGGUCACCAGUUUGGAAGCUGGGCGGGUCAGCUUGGGGACGGACGGGCAGUCAUGUUGGGAGAGUACGUCAACAAAAAGGGGGAGAGAUGGGAACUGCAACUGAAAGGAUCUGGACUGACUCCAUACUCCCGUCGUGGGGAUGGGCGAGCCGUAAUACGAUCGUCUAUUCGCGAGUUUCUGUGUAGCGAGGCUCUCCACUACCUAGGUGUGCCAACGAGUCGGGCUGCGUCCCUGGUGAUCAGUGAUGACCCUAUCGUACGUGACCAAUUCUACGACGGACAUCCCCAAACUGAGAGAGCAGCCAUCGUGUUACGUGCGUCAAAGUCAUGGUUUAGAUUCGGAUCUCUAGAAAUCUUGGCACGAAGCAGAGAGAUCGACUUAUUGAGACAACUCGCUGACUUUAUCAUCAAAAAGUAUUUUGUAGACAUAAAACAACACGGGAAUGACAGAUACUUGGAGUUGUAUAGCGCGAUAGUGGAGCAAACCGCCUCAAUGAUUGCCACUUGGCAAGCUGUUGGGUUCACACACGGGGUCUGUAACACGGACAACUUCAGCAUCCUUUCGGUAACCAUUGACUACGGACCGUUUGGGUUCCUUGAGGAAUACAACCCGGGUUUUGUUCCCAACACCUCUGACGAUGAAGGCCGAUAUAGUUACGAACGACAACCAGAUGUUGGAUAUUACAACCUAGAUAAGCUGAGACUGGCUCUGGAGCCAUUACUGACAACGGAGCAGGCCAAACAGAUGACAACUAUACUCAAAGGGUAUGUGGACACCUACAAAGCAAAGUUCAUGAAACUUUUCAGAAGGAAAAUCGGUUUAUCGAAGGAAGAUGAGGAUGACGAGCAGAUCAUUGCGAUAUUGCUAAAAAUGAUGGAGGAAACCAAGACUGAUUUUACUAUGACAUUUCGGCAGUUGUCGGAGACAAACAUCAAUGACCUUGACACAGCAGUGAGGUCACCUGGUGACCAGGUGUGGGCAUUGAAAAAACUAGCCUCUCACGAUUGGUUUGUUGCCUGGGUCAAAAUGUACAUGGCAAUGCUUGUGCGUCAGAACGUAUCAGAAUCAAACAGACAGAGAAUCAUGAAGUUGACCAACCCGCGCUACGUACUCCGGAACUGGAUAGCACAGAGGGCCAUAACUAAAGCAGAGCAGAAUGACUUCAGUGAGGUGGCCAAAGUGUUAAGAGUAUUGGAGAGACCUUUCACAAUCCAAGAGGAGGCCGAAGCGGACGGAUUCGCCUCCCCUCCUCCACACUGGGCGAGGACGCUCCGAGUCAGCUGCUCAUCAUGAAUAGCACGGACAUCACAAUUUUUUUCCAAAUUAUUAUAAUCGAUAUAAUAAAUAGUAUAUUUUAAAUG